AUGCUCGUGGAAUUCGCUGGCUGGGACUUAGAAAACUAUCAAUUAGUCCGAGCCUUUUCAGCUGAGCGUAUUCAGACUCAUGAGGCCUCGGAGAACCUUGUCACUCUGAAAAACGACAACCCGAAAAUGGUGGAGCGGAUGAUCUACUACCUUUACCAUCUGGGCUAUCUCCCAACCGCGCCAAUCUCUCUGAAAGACCUCGUGAAGGAUAUCCAUCCCGACGACUGGUGCUCCGGAUGUAUCGAGCUCAACAUGUUAGAGCGCAGCCGUGAGCGGAAGGUUGAAGAAUGCCCCUGUAUCUCAGAAGUGAUGGAUCUUCUCCAUGGCAAGAACCCGGGGACCCACUGCGGGGACGAUUCAGACAGUACUCUGGCAACACAUGCUUCUAUGUAUGCUAUGGACGACAAAUACGGCAUCGCAGAACUGAAGGAUUUAGCUAAAGGCAGAUUAGAAGCCGCGCUCACUAAGCACGGACUCAACCUCACUUUCCCCAGAGACGUGGCUAUUUCAAUCGUUUUCUGCAUGACACCUGAUUCGGAUUCCGCCCUUCGGGUGCUUGUAGCUCGCUACUUCGCCCAACACGAGUAUAUGCUUGGUUUAGAGCCAAUUCAGCGCGCCCUGGAGGAGCACAAUGGCCUAGCGCUUGCAGUUCUGAAGGCCCUGCAUCCGAACCAUCUCCAGUCAGACAGCAACAGCAUCCCAUAUCGGCAGGACCAGUUGCAGGACGCUAACAAGCUUUACCGCUUAAAGAGGGCUUUGUCUUAG